CUGGCAGUCCAUCUCCAUCACCAACGCUCCCCUUGUUUCCACCCCAUCCCCACUACUACACAAGUCUACAAGAGUGGAGCCAGCGGCAGGGCGUGGGAGCCGAGGGAACCUUACCAAGCUAGCUAGCUAGCGGCGGCGGCGAGAUGGUGCACCCGAUCGCGGAGGCCGACGAGCGGAGCCCCUUCGGCCGCCUCACCCCGGACGAGUUCUACGCGCGCCACGGGGUGACCCACACCACCUCCUCCUUCGUCAACCCGCGGGGCCUCCGCAUCUUCACCCAGCGCUGGACGCCCCGCGCCGCCUCCGCCGUCCUCGGCGCCGUAGCCGUCGUGCACGGCUUCACGGGCGAGUCCAGCUGGAUGGUCCAGCUCACGGCCGUCCACCUCGCCGCCGCGGGCUUCGCCGUCGCGGCGCUCGACCACCAGGGCCACGGCUUCUCCGAGGGCCUCCCGGGCCACAUCCCCGACAUCGCGCCCGUCCUCGACGACUGCGACGCCGCCUUCGCGGCCUUCCGCGCCGACUACCCGCCCCCGCUCCCCUGCUUCCUCUACGGGGAGUCCCUCGGCGGCGCCAUCGCGCUGCUGCUCCACCUCCGCCGCAAGGACCUCUGGCGCCACGGCGCCGUCCUCAACGGCGCCAUGUGCGGGGUCAGCCCGCGCUUCAAGCCGCCCUGGCCGCUCGAGCACCUCCUCGCCGCCGCCGCCGCCGUCGUGCCAACCUGGCGCGUCGCCUUCACGCGCGGCAACAUCCCCGAGCGCUCCUUCAAGGUGGACUGGAAGCGCCGCCUCGCGCUCGCCUCGCCGCGCCGCACCACGGCCCCGCCCCGCGCCGCCACGGCGCUCGAGCUCCUCCGCGUCUGCCGGGAGCUGCAGGCGCGCUUCGAGGAGGUCGAGCUGCCGCUCCUCGCCGUGCACGGCGCCGACGACACCGUCUGCGACCCGGCCUGCGUCGAGGAGCUCUGCAGGCGCGCGGGCAGCACGGACAAGACGCUCCGCGUCUACCCCGGGAUGUGGCACCAGAUCAUCGGCGAGCCCGAGGAGAACGUCGAGAAGGUGUUCGACGAAAUCAACGCGUGGCUCAAGGCGCGCGCCGCCGCCGCCGGCCCGCAAAAGCAGCAGCAGCAGUAGUUCGGGCACGCGUCCUGCGUGCGCGCCGCGCCAUGGCCGCGAGCCGCGUGGUCCGUUCCAUGGCGGAUUCUAGUACGGGUCCAGGUCCAGCAAUAAGCUUGUGUGCUGAUUUAGUGAGUGAAUCUGAUGUGCGAACCGAGAUCUCAUCCGAUGGUCCCGGUCUACCAUCUGCGGCUGCUUGAGAUGCCGCCAUUGCUACCCAUCAUGAAUCUUGUUCAGCUUUGAUCCUUGGAUUUAAUGGACGAGCAGCAUUUCUGCCGUGUCCAUUGACUCCCAACAGUUCCACGGUUGGAGUGGUUGUCUGCUGUCGGUUGGGCGGGUAAAUCAAUGUCGCUGGUGGUAGCUGCUGGUCGCUCAUCAGCAGCAGUUGCAUGCUUGCAGUUGCAGAUGAACACUUGAGUGACUA